ACGUGCUGCAUUGCGUUCCUAUAUAAUACACGGUACUGUUUAAUGUUGAUAGAUUUUGAUUAUUCAUCAUCACAUUUUCUGCAGACGUUGAAUAUUUACGAUACGAGUUUUUAGAUACACCUACAUAAUAAAAUGUCUGUGAAUGUCUGUUCGAGUAAACAAGAAGAAGAAAGUAGGCAUCAAAAAAAUCCGCUGUUCAGGAAAAAGAUCAAACUUUUUAUUAACACCUAUGGUUUUGAUACUGAAAAAGAUCAUCUUGGUUCUUCGUUUUUGGUUUUUGAAAAUGGAGAGAAAUAUCUUUGGGCUAGCCCAAAGAAUGGAAAAAGAUGUUUUACCAAGAUAAGUCAAUGGCCUGAUAAUAUUGACUGGACCAGUACCCGCAUUGUACAAUCCUCAGUUAACGAUGACAAUAUUCUUGUUUUAACUGACACUGGAAUGGUAUAUCACUUUGGCUUAUAUUGCCAUGACUUGCACAUUGACCUCAUAACGAGAGGAAUUGAUACUAUAGAUCUAUUCCCCGAAAUAAAAAUCGGUGCUUGCGGCAGAUUUUCUUUUAUAUUUAUUAAUAAUAGCUUAAUGAUCGAAGGUACUGAUCGUAGUGUCAACUUUUGUGAACUGUACUCAAUAACAUUGAAUCUAAUUCCUUUCUCACCAAAAAUAACAGUUAAGGUAGCCACAGGAUUUGAUCAUAUUCUUGUACUCACGACUGAAGGAAAGGUUUAUGGCUGGGGUGUAAACACGCAUGGACAACUGAAUUUUAAUAGAGAAAACCUACCAGAGACAACACAGAUAAAGUCUCCCUCUAAAAUAUUUAUACCUAAUGUAAAUAAUGUAUCAGAUAUCGCCGCCAUGAAAUAUAUAAGCGCUUUCAAAUCUAGCUAUGAUGGACGUAUCUACAUACAGGGUUGUUUACAUAAUCUAAAAAUUAAACGUUUGGCUAUCUGUGAAUAUACAAAUAUAUUUGAUAGAUACAACUCAUCGUUCCAUUCGGUAGAAAAGAAUCGUAUAUAUACAGAGGAAGAUAAGAAUAUAUUGGAUGAUUUAAGUAAUGCGUUCUAUACGUGUUAUUUUUCUUCAGAGUUCAUGAGCGAUCUUACAAUAGAAGUCAACGGGGAAUUUAUUUACGUUCAUAAAAGCAUUCUGAAAAUGCGUUCUUUAUAUUUCAAAAACAUGUUCGCGUUUAAUGAGGUAGAAAACAGAAAAAGGGUUAUCGAAUAUGAUGAUUAUCCAUAUAGUACCUAUAGAAAGUUUUUUAAGUUUUUUUACACAGGCUGGGUCUACUCUGAUUAUAUAAACCAGAUGAUAGAGCUCUUGAUAUUAGCUGAUAAAUUCUGCGUCACAAAUCUUGAGAAAGAAUGUAUUAAGUAUUUAAAAAUCCAUAUGAAACCAUCAACCGUGUCCUACAUCAAGGAAAUGGCGAUAAAAUAUAACAAAGCGGAAUUGGAGCAAUACUGUGAUGCCUAUGAAUUAAGAGAGGCAUAUGAUCCUACGCAGAUAAUCCUUUAAAUACGAAAUAAUAAAUAAUAUUUCUAUUUCUUUAAACCAUUCUUAUCCCUUUAUGAAAUUUUGUGAACACAUUUUAUAAAUUAAGUUGUGUCAUUGUACGUUUUACUUCUAAACAUUAUUUGUAAAUUUUUCAUAA